AUGAUGAAGACGGGGCAUGUGGAAAGGACAAACGAUCGUGACUAUGAGAUUGAAGAACGACGGUACCGGACGAUGGAGGCGGCUGCCAAUCGACUACAAAAGGAAGCUAAGGGCUAUCUCGACUCGCUACGAGCCAUGACCGCCUCGCAGAUGCGCAUUGCCGAGACGAUAGAUGCCUUCUAUGGCGAUGCCGGUACGCGGGACGGCGUGAGUCGGAGUUACAAGCAGGCUGUGGAGGAUCUUGAUGCCGAAACGAUCAAGGCGUUGGAUGGUCCGUACAGAACCACCGUUCUCGAGCCGAUCUCCCGUUUCUGCGCCUACUUCCCCGAUAUCAACGAAUGCAUCAAGAAACGCAACCACAAGCUCCUCGAUUACGACGCCAUGCGUGCCAAGGUCAAGAAGCUGGUCGAGAAGCCCGACAAGGACGCCACCAAGCUGCCGCGAACCGAGCGCGAGACGGAACUCGCCAAACAGGCCUACGAGCAGCUGAACGAACAACUCUUCACCGAACUCCCGCAACUCAUCGACCUCCGCGUGCCCUACCUGGACCCCAGUUUCGAGGCACUCGUCAAGAUUCAAUUGCGAUUUUGCGCCGAGGCGUAUUCGCGCAUGGCGCAGGUCCAGCAGUACCUUGACGCGGAAACGAGAGACCAAUACGCGCGGGGCGAUUUGGAUAAUCGGGUGGAAGAGGUCUUGCAGGAGAUUCGGGACUUGAGUAUAGCAGGAACUGUCUAA